GAAAUGUAAUUUUCCCGAGCCUAUACCCGUAAGCCAAGCAAUAUGAGGAAGAGGAGAAGAAGAAGGGCAGUGCAAAAGUGAUGGUGUGGAUAAAAGUGACCGGCGCUUUGGCUGAUGCUACAGUUUCUCAUCGAGUUCGACGCAAGUCACGUUGAUUAGAACGACCGGUCUUUCAAAGUUCUUCGCUAACGAGUUAUUUAAUUGAUUUAUCAUGAACAUCGACGAGUUUCAAGUACGCGGCAAGGAGAUGGUGGAGUAUAUAUCCGAGUAUUUACGUACUCUAGAAGGUAAAAGAGUAACUGCAAAUGUGGAUCCAGGAUACCUGCGACCCCUCCUACCAAACGAGGCACCAGCAAAACCCGAAUCAUGGGAUGCUAUCAUGAAAGAUAUCGACGGAAAAAUAAUGCCUGGAAUCACACAUUGGCAACACCCAAGAUUUCAUGCCUAUUUUCCAUCAGGCAAUUCCUUUCCAUCGAUCUUAGCAGACAUGUUAUCAGAUGCAAUAGGUUGCAUUGGUUUUUCUUGGGCAGCUAGUCCUGCUUGUACGGAAUUGGAAACUAUUGUUCUAGAUUGGUAUGCAAAAGCUAUUGACCUACCAAGAGAAUUUCUAUCAGAAGAAAAAACUUCUAAAGGCGGUGGAGUUAUUCAAGGUUCUGCAUCAGAGUGCAUUUUAGUGACAAUGCUAGCUGCACGAACUCAUGCUAUUAGAUUGUUGAAGGAACAGGAACCAGAUACAGAAGAUUCAGCUUUCUUGCCAAGAUUGGUUGCUUAUUGCUCAACUGAAGCUCAUUCCUGUGUGGAGAAAGCAGCAAUGAUUAGUUUGGUUAAAUUAAGAGUUCUCCAGCCAGAUGAUAAGGCUUCUCUUCGUGGUAAAAGACUAGAAUCAGCAAUUAAAGAAGAUGUGGCUAAUGGUUUAGUACCCUUCUUUGUAUCUACAACUUUAGGUACAACUGGAUCAUGUUCUUUUGAUAAUCUUGUUGAAAUUGGACCAGUUUGUAAGCUCUAUCCUAGUAUUUGGUUACAUGUGGAUGGUGCUUAUGCUGGUAACUCUUUUAUCUGUCCAGAAAUGAGACCUUUCAUGGCUGGAAUCGAACAUGCUGAUUCCUUCAAUACAAAUCCUAAUAAAUGGUUAUUGGUUAGCUUUGAUUGUUCCUGUUUAUGGGUACGAGAUAGAGUUAAAUUAACCUCUGCUUUGGUUGUGGACCCUCUUUAUCUUCAACAUGCCAGGUCAGGUGAAUCUAUUGACUAUCGUCAUUGGGGUAUACCAUUAAGCAGAAGAUUUAGAGCUCUGAAACUCUGGUUUGUCAUGAGAACUUAUGGUAUCACUGGGCUACAAAAAUAUAUAAGGAAUCAUAUCAGGCUAGCAAGAAGAUUCGAAGCUCUAAUGAAAAAAGAUAGAAGAUUUGAAAUUGUGAAUGAUGUACGCGCUGGUCUGGUGUGUUUUCGUUUGAAAGAAUCUGACGAGAUUAAUCAGGAACUCUUGGCAAAUAUCAAUGCAUCUGGAAGAUUACAUAUGAUUCCUGCUAGAGUAAUGGGUAAGUAUACCUUGAGAUUUUGUGUCACAAGAGAGAAUGCAGCAGAAGAGGACAUUGACUAUGCUAUUGAAGUCAUUGAAGAACAUGCAACAGAAGUCUUGUUGGCACACUAUCAAGGUACUGAAGAUGAAUUCAGAGCUAAAGGUCCUAAGAGUCCCGCUGCAUUGGAUAAAAAACUUGUACGAAAGUUCAGCUUCACCAGAAGUGUUACCAGAGAUGUUUAUAAAAGAUCCAAAUCGAAAUCAAGUCUUCAUGAUGGUGCAACACCUAUCAUGGUUGUUGAUGAUCAAGCACAAGAAGUUGAUACCAUUGAAGAAGAUGUCUUCUGUAAUAGCAGGUAGACCGCAACAGAGCUCACGGUAUCUAAGAAAAGAGAUCAACUGUUAUCUUUGCCGUGAGCUUCCAAUAAUUUUCAAGAGCUAUUUGCAUCAAGAAUAUGGGAUUUAAAAAGUGUGUCCUAGAAAUUUCAACGAUUAAGAUUAGACUGAUAUGUUUAUGGUCAAAAUCUAAUAGAGUAUUGAAAAAUGUAAACAUAUGAAUGUUCGAAUAUCAACCUUCUUAUAUAAAAAAUAAAUUAAACUUGAUAUCUCUUCGUAAACGUAAUUAUAAACAGGAAAAAUAAUUACAUAUUUCAUGCGAUAAUAUUCUAACAUUUCUAAUUAUAGAAUAUGCGUAUAUUGAUAAUAUCGAAUUAACAUAACCUAUCUGUUUGUAUUAUCAUGUAAUGUAUGAUGUAAAUUCUUGUAGUUUGUAUGUACAAACUUAGUUUUAACUUCCUAUGUAAACAGAUAGUCUAUAUUUGAAGAUCAUGGUGCCUAAAAGAAGUCACGAAUUUAUUCCUUGUUUCGUACCUGGAAGUUUUUAAACGCACCGUAUGUAUAUACAUGUGUGUAUAUAUAUAUAUAUCGAUUUAAAAUUGUAAUAUUCAUGUAAUAGUUAAGAAUCAUAUUAACUUAUUUGAGUUAUAUGCAAUGACGAUUAUGUAUAUGUAUGAAUGUUGAAUAAUGAUGUAUAUAAACAGGCAAUUAACGACUGCCAUUGUAUGCAAGAAUUGCGAUGGUUUUCUAUAUGCAAAGUAGUGUAGUGUAGUAUAUAUAUAUAUAUAUACACACACACAUCACACAUAAUUGACUUAAUAAAUUUUAUAUGUGGUAAGAAAUAUAUUAAAUAUAAAAAACUAUAGGAUUAUAUUAGUUGACACUAUGAAUGUACAUUACUUAUUAAGCAAUUAAGCAUAUUUAUAUGUACGUUGUAAAAUGAGCAUUUAUUAUUUUUAAUAUUUUAAUUAUUAUUCAAAUAAUUUAUUGCGUCUAUCGUGAAUCUAAAUAAUAACAAAGACGAAAAUUCUAGUUAGUAAAUAUGCAUAUUUUAUUACUAUUAAAAAUAAUUUAUUAAUAUAGUAUUAAAAAAUUCAAUAAAAGUAUUAUUUGCAACGAGAUCUAAAGAUGCCCUAAGUUUCACUUCUAUGAUUAUGAAUUAAAAAUAAACGAUAAAAUGCCUGCUUUAUUAUAAUUGAAUUGAAAAAGCAGCUUACAUAGAUAUUUUUUGCGCAACUAUAAUUUAUAUAUCAUACAGUAAAUACAAAUAUUGCAUUACCAGAAAAUAAAGUAAAAGCAUUUUUCACUAUGUAAUAUUUAUCCUUUUACCAAUUUAUCUAGUCCUAUAUUAUGCAUUAUA